GGCCACUGUACACCUAUUCGUACCUUUGGCACCACAGUGUCUCCACUCCUGAGUGCCCCUCACUCGUUGCAUCCCACAUUUUCCCCCAAGCGACCGAAGACCUCUAAACCAAAAAGUCUUAAUCCAUCAACAAAUAACGUCACACUCCGUCUUGCGCCGCGCUUCCUGACAGCACGAACAAGCCAGACUGCGCUUCAAACGGAACGUCCCCUCAUCCAAGUCUGGACCGACAAUCGCCGAAUAGAACAGAGCCACAACCAAUCUGUGGCUGCAGCUGAACGCCCAAGUGCCCCUACCACUAUGGCAGACUACACCGACGAUUCCAUCACCGAGGACAUAUGGGCAUCUCCUGGCCCCGAGGGCAGAGGUGCACCUCCCUCCGAGCGGCCCGAAACCCCUAGAACACCAAAGACACCCAAGACACCAAAGACGCCAGCAAAUCAGACUCACAAUGCCCCAUAUGACAGAGAGGCUUCUUUGCGGAAAGAAUUGGAGGGGGUGCGGAACAUCAAUGCUGCCAUUGAAGGCAUAAUCAGCACCCUUGACAAGGCCAAGGGCAACAUGAAUACUGUUGGCAGCACCGUGUCAAACGCAUCCACACUCCUCAACACCUGGACCCGAAUCCUCUCCCAAACCGAACACAAUCAGCGACUCAUUCUGAACCCUAACUGGCAAGGCGCAAGUAACGACUUGGUACAACUGGAGGCAGAGACUCUACAGAAGCAGCAGCUUGCCGAGAGACGGGCGGCUGAAGAAGAGAGGCGACGCGAAGCGGCUCGGAGGAAGAGAGAGGAGGAAGACGAAGAGCGACAGAGACAGGCGGCAGUCGGCAGCGCACCACGUGGCCGGGGAGUUUCUCGUGGGCGUGUGCGAGGCACCUCAUCAGCAACCCGCGGUCACAGCUACUCGAGUAGCACAUCGAGGAUCGGCAGGGGCGCGGCGAGCGUUCGCGGUGGAUAUCGGGGCCGAGCUAGAGGUACGGAGUAA